CAUGGGGAGGUAUUUCCACAGUGAGGUCGACAUUAAGAGUCCGUGGCAUCAGGUGCUGGCCGCCUUCUGGCAGCGAUACCCGAAUCCGUACAGGUAAACACAGGAGACACUUAGUCUGUCCGCCUCUCAAAAAUGUCCACAAUUUACAAGAAUGUCCAAGAAUGUCCAAAAUGUCUGUGAAUGAAAAAUGAUUAUAUUUUGCAGCAAUAUUCCCCUUUAAGAAAAUGUUUUCAGGAUUUGUUUGACAUCAUUUACAUUUUUUCAGCAUCUGCUUCUUUUUGCCAGCUGAUGUUUUUGUCUCCCCGUGUGCUCUUUGAAAAUGUCUCCGUUACAAAACUUUUUUACUUCUUCAAAUGUCUUCGGUGUCUUACAUUGUCCCCACUUUCCAAAGUUUUCUCCCAUUCCAGAAAAUGUCCCCAUUUUCCAAGAAUGUCCUCAAUUUCCCCAAAUGUCUUCACUUCACACAAACCUUAUUUCUGAAAAGAUGUCCUCACCAGAAUAUAAGUCCCAGUAUAAAUGUGUGUCUCAGCUCUCACGUCCUCACCGAGGACGUACUGUACCGCGAGGUCACCCCCAGCAACCACCUGUUGUCACGGCGACUGCUGACGAAGACCAACCGGCUGCCGGGCUGGGCGGAGCGCGUCUUCCCGGCUCACGUGGCCCGCGCCGUCUACGUCCUGGAGGACUCCAUCGUGGACCCGCAGACUCACACCCUGACCACCAAGACCUGGAACCUGAACCACAACACGCUGAUGACGGUGGUCGAGCGCUGUCUGUUUGAGGAGGACCGCAGUCGGCCAUCUUGGACCAAACUGAGGAGGGAGGCGUGGAUCCUGUCGGCGGUCUACGGCUUCGCCCGACCGAUACAGGAGUUUGGACUCGCCAGGUUUAAAAGUAACCAGGCCAAAGCCAUGAAGGGACUCGAGUUCGCCCUGUCCAAAAUUCAGACUGAGGCCCCGCCCCGUCUCUAUGACGACCAGCUAGAGUCAUCAGAGAAGCACAAGCUCCUCCCACAACAGGCCACGCCCACCUCUACCCAGAAUCCCAAGCAGUUUGUCUGAACGUCGUCUUUGACCGUCACGGCAGAAAUCCGCUCCGAUCGAUCGCAAUAAUCAAUAGCGAGGAGGCGGGAAACGACUCAGCUGUGAUUGGUCACUUUGUGAAGUCGGAGGAAGAGCGCGAAAUAAUGGACUACAAUCACUCCCAGAAUCCUUUGGGACUGACGAACUGUCUUUUUUCUGCAGUCUUUCAUUUAGUUCACGAGUGAAACUUUCACA